AUGGAGAACAGGAGCAGCAAAGAACACGAUGCAGAAAAUGCUCGUAUUACACACCAAAUGCUUAAAUCAAGAACAGGAGAGUUUGAUUUGGAGUCUAUCCUCUUCCUGAAGCUCCGGGGCAUAGGACUUUAUGAACUGGGGUGUAUUGGAGACUGCUUAAACCUUGAACGUCUAGACCUGUCCAACAAUCACAUCACCCAUUUAGGUCCGUUGUCUUCUCUUAAGCUGAUGGUGGCCCUAAAUGUGGCCUGUAAUAGGAUAUCGUCUGUGGAACCCUUGGCAUCCUGUGAAAACCUGCAAUCUCUAAAUCUUGCUGGAAACCUGUUAUGCAGCGUUGAUAACCUUCAAUGCUUGAGGGGCCUACAUAGGCUGGAAAGCAUCCGGCUGAGGGAUCCUGUACACAAUCUGAGCAACUCUCUAUGUAACAAUGGGGCCUACAGGCACUCUGUGCUAGACACCAUCCCCAGUGUUCAAGUAGUCGAUGGGGAGAGGGUAACUGGCUGUGGGAGUGACCUCUACCAUCUUUGCAAGGACAUUGAUAACUCACUGAAGAGGUUUGUCAGUAAUGGGACAAUAGACGUGCUAAAGUCAGUAAAGCCUUGGGUAGAAGAAGGAUACUGGGAGCUGAAACCAGCCCAUAGUACCAUCAUUGAGGAGACGUAUAAGCAGUUUAAUGAUGUUCUUCAGGAAUGUAAAGAGCUGAGUAAGAGGGCAGACGACACAAUCGCUCAAGCUGAAAGGGCUCUCAACAUAAGACAUGAGCUCAACAGCUACGUAUUCUAA